UCAAGGACUGACGCAGGCUGAAAUAUCUUUAUGUCUUAGUUUAGAAAAUAACAACGUUAGUGUGCGUCAUUUAAGAAGACGGUUAGCAAGGCUUCAGUUGUAUAGGCGUCGCAAUCUAAGCCAGCCUGAUGCCAUUGUGCACCACAUCGCAGAGCAGUUAACGGGCCCUGGGCAACUCCACGGAUACCGUAUGAUGACAGAGAGAUGUCGAUUAGCUGGAUUAAGAGUCACUAGAGAUCUUGUAUAUGAAAUACAAUCAACUUUGGACCCAGAAGGCAUUCAGCUAAGGAGACGCAGGAGACUGCGAAGAAGGCAUUACCGUGUCCCGGGACCAAAUUACCUUUGGCACAUGGACAGCUAUGAUAAACUCACACCUUUUGGUAUCGCAGUAAACGGAUGCAUCGAUGGCUUCUCACGCCAUAUCAUCUGGAUGCAAGCGAACGUCACUAACAGUAAACCUGAAGUGGUUGCAGGUUACUUUAUUAGUGCUGUCAUUGAGUUGGGGGGCUGCCCAAAAAUAAUCAGAUCCGAUCUCGGUACUGAAAAUGUGCACGUUAACAGACUACAGCGUUUUCUACGUGAGGAUGAAAACGGUACACUUUCUGAACCUGCUAUUCUUCAAGGAAGAAGUACUGCAAAUCAGAGGAUUGAAUGGUGGUGGGGAUUCUAUCGGAGGCAAAAUGUGGACUACUGGAGAGAUUUGUUUCUAGAGUUUCAGUCUGUGGGAGACUUCAAUGGUGACGUGGUUGACAAAGGUCUCAUUCAGUUCUGCUUUCUUGACGUCAUUCAGAGGGAGUUAGAUACUGUGGUCAGAAUGUGGAACAACCAUCGGAUCAGGCCAGGUGGGAGUGGUCGUGAUUUAUUUCACGGCAGACCUUUUCUCAUGUACCAAGCACCAGAACUUUACCAAGCACAGGACUACCUCCAUCCAGUUGACUAUGACAAACUGGAUAUAAUUGUAGAAGAGGGUGUUUGUAUUUGGAAAACUGGUAUUCCCUGUGAUCCAGAUCUUCAUGAACUCUGUGUUUUGCUAAUGGAGGAACACCAUCUUGAAUCUAGUUAUACUGCUCUUGAGGCUGCUAGGCUAUACAGAGAACUUAGGCCUUUGGUAAGAGAAAUAUUGUCAUAACCAGAAUAGUCAGAACUCCCUGAU